AUGGUUAUGAACUUUGUAUUCACCGAAGGAAAGUACAAUGGUAGCACCAUCACCAUCCUAGGGAGGAACCCAGUCUUGCACCACGUGAGGGAGUUGUUGGUGAUUGGCGACACUGGCCUUUUCCGGUUUGCAAGAGGUUAUGUCGAGAUCAGGACUCACGUAUUUGAUCUCAAGACAUUGGAUGCCGUAGUUGAGUACAAUGUCUAUGUGUUGCAUUAUUGA